UCCCCCUAAAGACUCGCUCUCUCUCUCUCUCUCUAUAUUCCGAUUUCCUUUUUCUUGCUUUUCUUUCUGUUCUCUUCCUCUCUCUUUCUUCGCGGUCGUCUCCGAUUCCCUUCGUCUCUGGAACUCGAAGCCCCCGCGAUCAUACCCUCAUGUCGUCGCAGGAUAAGGGUCGGCCAUUACCCAAAUUCGGUGAGUGGGAUGUAAACAAUCCUGCAUCAGCCGAAGGGUUUACAGUCAUAUUUAAUAAGGCUAGAGAUGAGAAGAAGACCAACAAUGCUGCAGGUGGAAUGUCACCUGGAAGAAAUGAUGAUGCAUACAAACGAAAUGAGAGUUAUCAGUAUGCCACAAAGAGAAAAUGGUUAUGCUGUGGUUGAACCUGCACUGCUUUUUGGAGCCCUGAGACCCGUGAACAUGGGCGUUGUGGUAUAGUAUUGUGUUUUUCCUGAUCCCUCCCCCGGCAGACUGAUGAAGUGGGGAAUGUAUGGUGGUUAUUUACUCUUUUACCUGCAGUGUUUGUUCAUUUUUUCUGAUUUCUUGUUCAUCUCCUUUUAUGUUCCCCAAAGCUUCUUAUAUUUAUGUACCCUAGGAGGAAUGGAAGAAAAGUAAUGGGUAUAAAAACAUAAAAAAUUUCUUGCUCUUUGUUUUUGUUUUGAAUUAUGUCAAUGAUUUUGAGUUUGUUUGUUCAUUUGUUCUGAACAGUAAUAUUAUUUAUAAAUGUAUACUAUGAUUUCUAGCUAAAAA